GUUUAUCUGUCACAGGUAGACAGCAUUAAAACAUUGUAUAUUUGCCUUCACCAGUAGAGGGCAGGUUAGCAAUAUGUCCAACAUGACAAACCGUGUUGAUUCUGAGUGAAGAAGAAGAAGAGUGGCCCAGGGUGGCUAGCUGGUCUGUACAUGUCAGAAAAUUGACAGUGAUGCUAACUUGGCCGCUGUAGUUAGAGAGUUAGCAAAAAGUGACUCAAAGCUUAAAGGAGGUGUUGUAUGGAACGUAAACUCUCCAGGUGAACAGUGUAGAGGGUUAUUAAACCUGUAAAACGUUCCGGGUCAGGUAACCUUUUCAUAUCGGUUUAUUAACUGGUGAGCUAGCAUUAUAGCUGGCUAGCUGGGAAGCUCCUGAAAAGUAACGUCAGAGCUUCAUCCAGUCAUGUCUGCGGCCGGAGACUUCGGAAACCCUCUAAGGAAAUUUAAACUGGUCUUCCUCGGGGAACAAAGCGUGGGAAAGACUUCGCUGAUCACCAGGUUCAUGUAUGACAGCUUCGACAACACUUAUCAGGCCACGAUAGGAAUAGACUUCCUGUCUAAAACCAUGUACCUUGAAGACAGAACAGCCCCACAGAUUCGGUUGCAGUUGUGGGACACGGCGGGGCAGGAGCGAUUUCGUAGCCUCAUCCCGAGUUACAUAAGAGACUCUGCUGCUGCUGUGGUAGUGUACGACAUUACAAACGUCAAUUCCUUCCAGCAAACCACAAAAUGGAUAGACGACGUGAGAACGGAGAGAGGAAGUGAUGUCAUUAUCAUGUUGGUGGGGAACAAGACAGACCUUGCAGACAAAAGACAGAUAACCACAGAGGAGGGAGAACAGAGAGCGAAAGAGAUGAAUGUUCUGUUUAUUGAAACAAGUGCAAAGACAGGCUACAAUGUCAAACAGCUUUUCCGCCGUGUGGCAGCAGCCCUCCCUGGCAUGGAUACCACACAGGACAAGAGUAGAGAGGACAACAUCAAGCUAGAGCCACCAGAGCUACCUGUCAGUGAAGGAGGCUGUUCCUGCUAAUCCCAGCACCUGUCGUUGCUUACAUAAUUUUCACUCUGGCUGUUUUCCAAACCCAGUCAGUUUUUCUGUAUCAGUCCCUUUUACUGCACCCACCUUUGUUCCCCAGCCUGAAGAGAACACUACAUCUGUUAUCCUCGCCAUUGUGGAAACCUGCUCUCUCAUCUGAAACACUGAGAGUCAUUUAUCACAGAAAGUGAAUAUUUGCACUGUAUCACACACACACACACGCACACACACACAAACACACGAACAAACACACACACACACACACACACACACACACACACACACACACACACACACACACACACACUGGUACGUUGAAACAGUACUCGCAGGUAAAGCUCAGCGUCCGAAACAGAACUCCUGUUGUCAAUCAGUAGAAAUAAAAGAUGUUCACAUCGCUGAUUGUGUCUAAAGAUCACUUUCAGAACCAAACUGAAAGAAAUGAAAUAUAUUAAACUAAGGUUUGUGACAAAGAGUGAGGAUAUUCUUCAUAAACCUAAAUACUGCUUUGAGCUUUAUAUGCACAAUGUGAUUGUGUUGUGCAUAUGUCAGUAAAUGUAAAUUGUGCUGUUGCAACUAAUUGGCAAGCAUUCAUUAAUGAAAUGUGUUAUCGGCAACCUGUGAUGUUUUAACUGCCUGGAAUUAUUUGUGGAAAUAGCUGAAGUAAAUCUAACAUCAUUUGGGAUCUCACUUUUUUUUCUCACAUACCCACAGUGCAGCUGAAGAUGGGAGCCCGGAGCUUAUUUUAAACUCAAUGUUUGCUUUGUGGUUCCUGUUCACGCAGAGUCCCGGUUCUCAGGCACGAUUUAAGCUAGUAUACUGUCAUACACCACAGCAUGGGCUUAAACCAACACACAGCACAUACACUGAACACUAUCACGUCACCUUCCACAUUACCGUCCUUCCUUCCUCUCCUCCCACACUUUGUCCGUUGAGUUGGGUUAUUUUUACCUUGGCUCCAUUUUCUAUGACCUUUUUAUUUGGUGAGAUGUUUGAUUUUUUUUUUCUUUCUAAGGAUUACAGCUAUCAUAGAUUUAAACUGUUUCCUUGAUGAUAGUGUAUGAGGAGGAUUUCUCAUAAAAUACAAGUCAUAAUCAUAAAACCCAGCACAAACAUUAGGUAUGGAGAUGUAUGCCUUUUGGACUUUAAUUGUAGAGGGCUUCCAUGGAUUUAUCUAGAUAAGUUUGGUAUGAUGUUUUACAAACACUUUAAAGGCUUCUUUGGUUUGUUUUUAUUUUCUGGCUUUGAUCUUCUGUUAGUGAUUAUUCUUCAAGUGUAUUUAAUCCACAAUGACUUGUAAUAUUUAUUUCUGUUGGAUUUGUUUCUUUUUUAUGACUGUUAAUAUCGUCACUUUUGGUAUGAGUCCUGAAUCUCUAAUAAAAAUAUGCAUCCAUCUGGACCACCUUUAACAGAAUUAGUAGAGAGCAUCUGCAGUGCCCUUUACACCUCUAAAUGGCUAUUUGAUCAUACUUAUAAUACUGUGCAAUUUUGUGUGAACUUAUGGAAGAGCGUCCGAUUUGUAUAGCAUAGUAGUCCUUAAUGUUUCUGUCUGGAAUGGUUUUAAAUGAGAAAAUAAAAACACAUUUGUCACUGCUGCUGGAA